AUGGGAAAAUCUCGUUCAGCAACAUCAGCCCUGGAACUGAUUCGCAAAACCCGGCCAUUAGCUGAGCCAAACGAUGAUUUCAUGAGGCAGCUAUGGCUAUAUCACGAGAUGGGUUGUCCGGAUGAUGUCACCAGUGAUCCGAGAUACCUACGCUGGACAUCGCAUCGUCAAAUCGAGCUUAGUGCCGCGUGUGGCAGAGCUCCGGAGAUUGAUAUUGUGCGGUUCGAAGAUGAAUUACCGCGUGAUAUCAGUUCUUAUGAAGGAGAGAAGGUGACUGAGAUUCGAUGCCGUAAAUGCCGACGCAUGCUCGCCACAACCCCAUUCAUUAACCCCCAUGACCAAGACACCAAAAAAUCCACCACACCAUCUACGGGCAGCUUGGACUGUGCACACAUAUUCCUCCAUCCCUUAACAUGGAUGCGCCCCUGCCUAUUUCCGGGAUCCGCUGCUUCAGCCGCCUCUCAGUCAUCAUCCGACGACAUCAGUGGGCUGACGGGCACAGCUACUGACGAGGCUCCACUGUCAGGUCGACUAACGUGUCCGAACCCGAAGUGUGAAGCUAAUGUAGGCAAAUUCGCCUGGCAGGGAUUGCGUUGCAGUUGCGGGAAAUGGGUUGUGCCGGCUAUUGGUGUUGCGCGUGCUAGAGUUGAUGUCACGGAGACAAAGGCGGAUAGCACUGCUCCUGUUGCGAGCAACAAUAACAAUGCCAGCAGCAAUGGCAUGAAUAGUAGAUUAGGAGCGAUGGGCAUCCGAUUACCGCCUCAUAUGCGGGGAAUGACCCAAGACAAUAAUGGCCAGAGUCCGAGAAACAAUCUCUGA